CUUGUAGUUAAGUUGCUCCUCGAGGCGGGUAAGGCCGACGUCAAUUCAAAGGAUAUUGAAAGUCGAACGCCGCUGUUGCGGGCCGCCGAAAAUGGGCACGAGUCUGUAGUUAGGCUGCUACUCGAGACGGGCGAGGCCGACGUCAAUUCAAAGGAUACGGAAGGUCGAGCGCCGCUGUCACGGGCCGCCGAAAACGGGCACGAGCCUGUAGUUAAGCUACUACUCGGGACGAGCAAGGCCAACGUCAACUCACAGGACAAUAAAAGUCGAACGCCGUUAUCGUGGGCCGCCAAAAACGGGCACAAGGCCGUAGUCAAGCUGCUUCUCGAGACGGGCGAGGCCUACGUCAACUCAAAAGAC